UCGCAUGCUUUCUAAAUAUUUCCAUAACUUGCAUAUUCAGAUAUUUAUCCAAACAUAAUUGCUAUGGGCUUUCCUGCGGAGAGGCUUGAAGGGGUGUACCGGAACAACAUUGAUGAUGUAGUAAGGUUUUUGGAUUCAAAGCAUAAAAACCAUUACAAGAUAUACAAUCUAUGUGCUGAAAGACAUUAUGACACCGCCAAAUUUAACUGCAGAGGUUCUGAUGAACUCCUUCUCCCUGCAGUUGCACAGUACCCUUUUGAAGACCAUAACCCACCACAGCUGGAGCUCAUCAAACCUUUUUGUGAAGAUCUUGACCAGUGGCUAAGUGAAGAUGACAAUCAUGUGGCAGCAAUCCACUGUAAAGCUGGAAAGGGACGAACUGGUGUAAUGAUUUGUGCAUAUUUGUUGCAUCGAGGGAAGUUUUUAAGGGCCCAAGAAGCCCUCGAUUUCUAUGGGGAAGUAAGGACCAGAGACAAGAAGGGAGUGACAAUUCCCAGUCAGAGACGCUACGUGUACUACUAUAGCUACCUGUUAAAGAAUCACCUGGAUUAUAGACCAGUGGCACUGCUGUUCCACAAGAUGAUGUUUGAAACAAUUCCCAUGUUCAGCAGCGGAACUUGCAAUCCUCAGUUUGUGGUGUACCAGCUCAAGGUAAAGAUAUUCACCUCCCCUUCAGGACCCUCACGACGUGAAGACAAGUACAUGUACUUUGAAUUCCCUCAACCUUUGCCGGUAUGCGGUGAUAUCAAAGUGGAAUUUUUCCACAAACAGAACAAGAUGUUGAAAAAGGACAAAAUGUUUCACUUUUGGGUAAAUACAUUCUUCAUAGGACUGGAUGAAAAUUCAGACAAAGUAGAAAAUGGAAGUCUAGUUGCAGAUCAGGAACUUGAUGGUAUUUUCAGUACAGAGCGCUCAGAUAAUGAUAAGGAAUAUUUAAUCCUUACAUUAACAAAAAACGAUCUAGACAAAGCAAAUAAAGAUAAAGCCAACAGAUAUUUCUCUCCAAACUUCAAGGUGAAGCUAUUUUUCACAAAAACAGUAGAAGAGCCAUCAAACCCAGAGGCUAGCAGUUCAACUUCUGUAACACCAGAUGUUAGUGACAAUGAACCUGAUCAUUAUAGAUACUCUGACACCACUGACUCUGAUCCAGAGAAUGAACCUUUUGAUGAAGAUCAGCAUACGCAGAUUACAAAAGUCUGAAUAUUUUUUUUAUCAGAGAUAAAAAAAAAACAUACAAAAAAACCAACCAUGAAGACAGACAAACUUGAAUAAACUGAAAAAAAAGAAAAGGACCUUUCUAAAUGGCAAAAGGACAUAGUGUCAGAUUACCAAUUAUAGGAACAAUUCUUUCCUGACCAAUCUUGUUUUGCCCUAUAAAUCUACAGGGUUUGACACUUGUCCAGUCGGGGGGGUAAAAGAAAGGUUACGUAGCUCUUAUGUAUAUACCUUUUUGUGUCAAAGGACAUUAAAACUUCAAUUAGGAACUAUAAACAUGGCACUUUCCCAUUUUAUUCCAGUUUUAUAAAAGUGGAGACAGACCUAAUGUGUAUGCGUAGGAAUUUUUCCUUUUGUGUUCUGUCACCAAACGAAGUUUCAAAAACCGAAAAAAAAAAAAAAAAAAUAUUUACAGGUUCACAUCCUGCCCCUUUUUUUUGCACUUGUGUGGCAACAGAAAAGUCUGCAGUUGGCUAAGAGAUGUUUCUAGAAGGUUUUUCCUACAUUGUAAUGCAUGUUUUUUGGAUGGGGGCUGGAAGGUGAUGCUCGGAAAGGAGCGUGGCCUGUGUACCAUAUCCGGCUGUUCCAUGCACCUUUCCUCAGCAUGCUGCCCUAAUUCAUCCGGGACAAUGGGUGAGGAGUCGCCGCUGUCACUGCUUGUUGUUUGUGCAUUUUUCAUUUUUUUUAAGUGUAAUGGUGCUAGAAAAGGCAGCUAGAGGGAGUGAUUCUGUCUAGGGGUACAGGAAUGAACCUUCACGACACCCACGAGACCUGCGCAAUGAAGGGAGACCAGGAAUUGGGGUCACGAGAAACAAAACAAAAAUAAAAAACAAAAGGAAACACAGCAACAAUGACUUAACCAUACAAAUGUGGAGGCUAUCAACUAAAGUAAGAGCUUGAAACAAAUGGUUACAAAAUUUGACAAUGAUUUAUUGGGAUUUUUUUCUGAAUUGUAAUGGCUGCUCCAUCUCCUGUGUAAUCGAGGCCAGUGCUAAAAGUCAGAUGCUCUUAGUGCAAAAACAUCAGUCAACAUCUUACAUUUAUAUUAGUAGUUUUUCAAUCAUAUUCCUGCUGUGAAUACUUCAUGUGCUGCCUUGCAAGCUUUUUGGGUUUGUUUUUUUUUUUUUCCCCUCUCUCAUGAAUAUAAAAAGAUUUUGUAAUGGUGCACAGGAAAUGUCAUUGGAGAUUCUCCAGGUUAGUGUUUGUUUGGAAGAUUUCUGAUGCAUUUAUUCAAUCAAACCUCUGUCAGCCGUUCCACCCCUUUGACCCUACACAUUCUAUUACAAUGAGUUUUGCAGUUUUGCACACUUUUUUUUUUAAAAAAAAAAAAAUGUCAUUAACUGUUAGGGAAUUUUACUUGAAUACUCAUUACCUGCAAUGUUUUAAAAACGGACAUUACACACCAGAGACAGGAAAAACCAGUGUUGCAGUAAAUUCUCAACGCUGUAAAUGAAGAUUAAAAAGCAGAAAUGCAUUAUACAAAAAACAUUAAAAAAAAAAUAGAAAAAACAACCCCUUAAACCACCCAACAAAUUGUUUUCCUAAACCAAGUGGCAGUGUUGGAUUAUUUGUUCCUAGGGACACAGGUAGGGCUCAAAGUUGGCUUCUGGUGGACGAUUGUCAUGCCCAGCCUGAGGUGACUCAGGAGUCCAGCUGCUGGUGCAUCCAGAUGUGAAGUCACUGCCAAAACAGGUCCCUCUAAGUGGGCCAUGAACAGCUGACCCCAAAUUGAUGCUUUUUUUUUUAGGAUUUAGUACACACAUCCCCCCACUUAAUUAACUUUUUGGUGCUGACAUGGAAGUUCAUGAGCUGUGUUCUCAGCCAGAAUUAUGAAUGGGAUCUGUCAGAGCCCUGUACAGCAGCAUUAAUGGUUGGAAUUUGAACCACACAAGGCAGGACUUCCACUAAUUACAAUUGGUAAACCAAGGUGUAAAGGGCUUUAAUUUUUAUUUUUUUUUUUUUCUUAUCUGGUUUCUGUUGGUCAAUUCUGCUCCUCAGAUUCAUGAUUCUAACAAAGCUGGUAAUAUGUUCUGACUUACAGGUUUAAUUAGACUUUAAUGGAUCAAGGUUCAGUGCUCAUUGUGACGAGCAAGAGGUGGUUUUCCCUUGGGAACAGGAAUUUUAACUCUUACCCUUCCAAUCGUGUUUCACCCUGUCUGGUUUAUAACAGUUGAAAGUUGUGUUGGCUUAAUAAACCAAACUGUUCUUGCUUGGAUAGUAUUGGGAUCUUGGCACUGCUGCGUGUCCCACUUUGGAUAAUCAGGAUUGGAUGGUGCAGUUCCAGUCGGUGACGCCGGAUCGGGAAUCAGGACGCAAGGAUGGGCUUUUGCACUGUUAUUUUUCCUUUGGAAUGUGAAGGUUGGAAUGAGGGUUUUGAAUUUUUUGGUUUUAUUUUUUAAUUUUUUUUUUUUUAUAUAAUUUUUUUGGAUUUUUUUUUUUUUUUAAUGUUUCGACGUCUUUGAAAAGCCUUGCUUACAUUUUAUGGUGUAGUCAUUGGAUAUGGAAAAAUGGCAUUAUAUAUAUAUAUUAUAUAUAUAAAUAUAUAUUAUACAUACUCUCCUAUACUUUAUUUCAGUUACCACCCCCAUAGAAGUUGACAAGAAUUGCUAUGACUGAAAGGUUUUUGAGUCCUUAUUAAAACUUUAUUUAUGACAGUAUUCAUAAUUAGCUUGAGCUGCAUUCUGUAGGUAAUCUUUCCUCGAGUUUCCGGACUGUACGCUUCAGCCUGUUGGGAUAUGCAAGAGCUUACAUGUCUGAAACUACUUGAAGGCAUCACUUUGGUAAGAGCUUAACUGUAAGGCCCUGAAGCAUCCCCUGGGCUUGGGCAGCCCCAGUGAAAAUCUUUGCCACAGCUGCUCCUCCAGGGCAGCUGUGCAAAUACAGCCUCCAGAUUCCUCCCCCGGGGCACACAUUGUAAACUGGAGUGGAGUUUACAUGCAGCAUCAAAAUCAGCUUUCCAAAUUAAAAACAAAAACCAACAAACCCUUCAAAUAAUCCAAAAAGAGGAUGCUGGUGUGCAAGUUCCAUGUUUAGUCCUAGCAAGUGUGUGCAAUAUGUUAACGAUGCCUGUGGUUGCCACGAAGUGCCUCGUUUACCUUCUCAAUACUGUUGGAAAGUGUCGUGCAUGCAGAUGGAUGGGGUGGGACUGUGCACUAAAAGGGGCUCCAACUGCAGCGUUUUGGCAGAGCUGCCUUUCUCUGCCAGUUCAAAUUUCCAGUCUGUUUUCAUAUAGCAUAUAUAUAUAUAGAUACUAAAAGAAAAAAAAAAAAAUCAGUCUGUUAAGCAGCCUUACUCUGAUUCAGCCUCUUCAAAUACUAUUGUGCUGUGCAACAGUGGCUCUGUGUGUAACUGAGAAUACACAAAAACCAAGUAUGACAUGUACAGGAUAAUGCCUCAUACAAAUCAGAUGUCCGUUUGUUAUUGUGUUUAACAACCCUUUAUCUCUUAGUGUUAAAACUCCACUUAAAACUGAUUAAAGUCUCAUUCUUGUCA